AUGUUGCCCUAUAUUGACAGCUUGUUCGAAAUACCGGCGAACCUCACCGGCGCGUCGGUGGGUGAACUCAAGUUGAUUGCCUCGUUCCUCUUCUCGUUUCCUCUGGCCGCAGUCCUCAAGCGCAUCCCGGAUGCUAAACCCUGGAGAAAGAAUGUCUUCACCAUCGGCGUCUCUUUAUUUUACAUUAUCGGCCUAUUUGGCCUAUGGGAUGGUCUGCGUACCUUGCUAUACAGUGCUGCUGGAACCUAUGCAAUUGCCUACUAUGUGGACGGCUCGUUGAUGCCUUGGAUCGGCUUCAUCUUCCUUAUGGGCCACAUGUCUAUUAGCCAUAUCUACCGCCAAAUGGUGGACGAUCCUGGGGUGGUCGACAUUACAGGAGCUCAAAUGGUCCUCGUGAUGAAGCUUUGCGCCUUCUGCUGGAACAUUCACGAUGGUCGUUUGCCCCACGAUCAGCUGACCGAGGCACAGCAGUAUUCUGCGAUUACUGAGUUUCCUGGUCUCCUUGAUUAUGCAGGCUACGUCCUGUUCUUCCCGUCCCUGUUUGCUGGUCCUUCAUUCGAGUAUGUAGACUAUCGCCGCUGGCUAGACACCACGCUGUUCGAUAUUCCACCUGGCACAGACCCAAUGAAGGCGCCUUUGACCCGCAAGAAGCGCAAGAUUCCUCGCAGUGGUACCCCAGCCUUCAAGAAAGCUGUUGUUGGUCUGCUCUGGAUUGGCGCGUUUGUCUACCUCGGCGGUAUCUUCACCACUGACUUCGUCCUAUCCCAAGACUUCCUUGCAUACGGCAUCUUUCGCCGCAUCUUGACCGUCUACCUGCUGGGUUUCACUGCGCGCCUCAAGUACUACGGUGUAUGGUCUUUGACGGAGGGAGCUUGUAUUUUGUCUGGUAUGGGCUAUAAUGGCUUCGACGCUAAGUCCGGCAAAGUCUUUUGGAAUCGCUUGCAGAAUGUGGACCCAUGGGCGCUCGAAACCGCACAAAACUCGCACGCUUUCCUUGGCGCCUGGAACAAGAACACCAACCACUGGUUGCGCAACUACAUCUACCUUCGUGUCACUCCCAAGGGCAAGAAGCCCGGGUUUCGUGCCAGCAUGGCCACCUUUGCAACCUCGGCCUUCUGGCACGGCUUCUACCCCGGUUAUUACCUUACCUUCGUGCUGGGGUCAUUCAUUCAAACAGCCGCGAAGAAUUUCCGGCGUUAUGUUCGCCCCUUCUUCCUUACCCCAGAUGGCACUAAACCCACACCGAACAAGCGCUAUUACGAUAUCCUAAGUUGGCUUGCCACCCAGCUUACCCUUGGCUUUGCGGUCAUGCCUUUCAUCAUUCUCAAUUUCAAUGACUCCAUGAAACUCUGGAGCCGUGUUUACUUCUACGGUAUCGUGGGUACCAUUGGGUCUCUCAUUGUCUUCGCAACUCCCGUCAAGGGCUACCUUGCCGGCCAGCUCAAGCGCCGCAACAGACCUCAUGUUGUGCGCUCUGUCAGUCAGGAGAGUGUACAACCACCAACCCUUGGACUGUCAGCGGACCCAGAGCGAGACUUUGACGAGGCAGUCAACGAGAUCAAAAAUGAGAUUGAGGCGCGUCAGCGGAGGGGCAGUGUCUCUGCGACUAUGCCUACUGGCGAAGAGUUGAAGGUUGCUAUUGAACAGAAGAUCGGGCGUAAGCUUUGA